UCUAUCAUUAGUCUCCACUUGGAUAAUGCAAUUACCACAAAUAAUACCUGUUACAAGAGGAGGUGCCAAAAUAGGAUGGGAGUAUUUGUUUGACGCUUUAGAAAGUGCUUAUUUUGUAGCAGUGGAUACAGAGUUCUCUGGUUUAGGAGACGUCAAACUUCUUUAUGGAAAUUGCAUAAGCGAAAAAUACGAUGGUCUGAAACAACUAGUGAGCAACAGAGCUAUAUUUUCUGUUGGAUUUAGUAUCUUCUCGGUGGCUGAUACUUGUCUCGGAAAGAAAAGUGGAAAGUUGUUGAAGGGUCAGACUGCCGAUGUGGAAGAAAACCUCAAGGCGCCUCUGGAGUUUUACGUGAGAACGUUUGACUUUUUACUACUUCCUAGUGACGAUUUCGUCAUAUCACCUUCAAGCGCAACCUUUUUGGUGAGACACGGUUUUGAUUUUACACGACUGUUUCUUGAUGGUAUUUAUUAUACUCGUCCGUCCAGCAAUAAGGACUAUCAGUUGUUGAAAAUAUACAAGACUGCUAUAUUGGAAAGGAACGAAAAUACAAAAAGAAGCUCGGGUGAAAAGAAAAAAAGUAAAAAGAGAAGGAAGAAGGAAAACUCAGAACUCUUCCUCAGUCUUUCCAAAGCCGAAGAAAGGGAACCGACGAGAAAGUCAAGUUUAUUGAGUAUCUUGCCGUUGGGUCUAUUGGCCCACUUAGGACAAGCAGAUAUUCCAAUAAUACUUCACAAUGGCUUGUUAGAUUUAGCGUUUUUAUACAGUUCUUUUGAAGAAAACUUACCUAAAACUAGUGAAGAGUUUGUUAGGAAUCUCCACCAACUCUUGCCAUGUAUUUAUGACACCAAACUUUUAAGUAGUGACGGUGAAAAUGAAACUUCAUUAGAUACUGUUUAUCAAUUAUGUGUGUCAUGGAAUCAAAAGCGAAAAAGUGAAAAUGAAACAUUUAUACAAUGUUGGAAUCCUGAAAACAACCCUGAUCAUAGAGAAACAGCACCGAACCCGCAUUUCGAAGGAAAAACGCCUGAGAUUGAUUCCUUCUCUGCCAAAAGCGAUGGUAAGAGUUCAAGUACUUGUAACGAACAAACUUGUACGAAAAGUGACAGAAGACAUUGUUCCAGUGCGUUAAAUGACAAGUCUGAGGGUCAUCUUGGUUGGAGUGCUGGAAACAAUACGUUUGCACAUUCUGACCAUUCUGCAGGUUACGAUGCGUUCUGUACGGGCUAUGUUUUUGCCACUUAUUUACACUCAAAAGGGCUGUCUUACGUAACGAGAAAGAGGAAUUCCAUCUCUUUGUCUCGUACAACGUCACUGUCAUUAGAAUGAGUAUCAAAUAACAGUCUUCAUUGUCCUUUUUGAUUCUAAGUGCUAUUUGGAUAAUAAAAUAUUUUCCUCUGAA